AUGGCCAUUGAAACACAAAUCCAGGUUGCCGCACCGCCCGCAAAGGUGCGGCAGAUUCUGCUCGACUUUGCCAAAUACCCACAAUGGCACACGACAUUAAUCAAGCUGCUCGAGCCCGAGGACGCCUCCAAGUCGCUCUCGUCACUCGCACGCGGCGACAAGAUCAAGUGCAACAUCGAUGGCAUGAAGUUUGUGGCGGAGAUCACGGUGAGCUAG